UUUCGCGCGAAAUGUUGACGGUGGAUGGCUGCAACCUCGAGACUUUUACUACUGAAAUCCUCUUUUUUUCGAUUUGCGUUUUGAAUUAAAGCAGAUAAACGGCUCCAAUUCGGAUCGAAAGUGAAGUUUGAGUGUUUUAACCGCCUUUUCUGUGACUUCAGACAGCGAGGAUGAAAUAUUUCACCCGACGGAGAUUCAGAAGAGUCUACGAGUGGCUCGGAGAGCCUGUAAGCUUCAAUAGGAAGUUAAAGACUUAUGAAUACAGCUCGUUGGCCAUCCGCGUGGAGGGUCUCCCGAGGACCACCAUCAUCAACACCGGCCAGCACAUCCUCAUAGAGGGAGAUGAUGAAGACAACCCGUAUGUGGCCAAAGUCAUCAAGCUGUACGGAGACGAGAGCGGCGAGCAGAAGAAGGCGGUGGUUCAGUGGUUUUCUCGUGUUUCUGAAGUUCCUCUGAGCAAACUGAAGCUGCUGGGCAGAGAGCCGCAUCCGCAGGAGAUCUUCUACUAUCAGACCCGCAGCUGUGACGACGAGGUCGACGCCGAGUCCAUCCUCAGACCUGUGCAGGUGAAGCACCUGGAUGGAGCCGCUCCGUUCCCCGACUCCUAUGAUAAGGACACUCUGUAUGUGAAGCUGUCCUGGGACACAAAGACCUUCAGGUUGGUGGACUCCGCUCUGGUGGAGGGUUUCUCCCCUCCUUCCUGCCCCAAACCCUCCCUCCCCCCCUCACCUCCCUGCUCGCCGCCCGCGGCCACUCCUGCAUCCCGAGGACCGUCUCGACGUGCCCUGCCGACGCCGGAUCCCACCGUCAUGUUCCGGGCGGCGUCGGGGGAAGCGAGAUACAGCAGAGCCACCAUGAGCGCGGGUAAAGCCGGCGCUAUGGAGGCCGAGUCUCUGCACUCCGCCACCAAACUGUCAGCGUCCAAAUGUCUGAGCGCCAAGAGGAGGAACGCCUCGGCCAGGACGCCGGGUGUCCGCAAGAAACUGGAGCUCAGCAGUGAGUGUCCGGAGAAGAAGUCGAUGACCCACGACGACGUCCUGAGUGAGCUGCUGGACGAGGAGCUGGAGUUGGCUCAGAGGUUGGCGUCCUCUCCCCCUCGGACGCUGCCUCUCACCCACAGCCUCACCCCCCUCAGGAAGGCCCACCGAGCCCCCGCCAUCAGCCUGAAGCCCUCCACCAUCGUCCUCAACAAACUGUCCAUCGCUGAGAUAGAAAGUCCUCCAUCGAGAGACGAAUCCUCCAGUCCUCAGCAGGGUGAUGUGAUGGAAGCAGAGUUACCGAGCGGCUCGGUUAAAACACCGAGGAGAAGAAACGCCACCCCGAGGAGAAACUGUACCACCAGGGGGCAGAAAGCUACCACUCCCUCCCGAAAGAAAGAGCAGAAGACCUUGAAGGAACCUGGUCUGGCAGCUCUGGCAGAAGUGGAUAACGAAAACUCCCCGAUGCUGCCGGGCGGCGCCACGCCGAGGAGCUCAAAGAGGAAGUCGGCCCAGCUGGUGUCGUCUCGCAUCAGGAAACAACUGAAUCUUCUGGACAACAAGCAGGACCUGAACUCAGACGGAGACGACGAGGACGAGUUCAUCCCAUCGAAGAAGGAGCUACAGAGCAGCAGCGAGGAUGAAGGUGAUGAAGAGGAAGCGGUGGAUAGCGACGAGGAAGCGGUAGCGAAGAAAGGCAGACGCGCCGCCGCCGGCGGGUCUCGCACUCCUCGAUCGAAGCAGAAAACUCGCUCCUCCACCAGGACGCCGCGAAAGACUCCCAGCAAGAAGAUCGCGCCCGGUACGCCGCGGACUCCUCGUCACGCUACUCCCAGCAUCCCCAGCAGGUCGCUGCCGGCGCGACUGCCCGCCAACGUCCUGGAGGAAGCCAGAACGAGGCUGCACGUGUCCUCGGUGCCGGAGUCUCUUCCCUGCAGAGAGCAGGAGUUUCAGGACAUCUACAGCUUCGUGGAGAGCAAGGUCAUCGACGGCACGGGAGGGUGUAUGUAUAUCUCCGGUGUGCCAGGAACAGGUAAGACAGCUACAGUCCACGAGGUGAUGCGCUGUCUGCAGCACGCGGCGGACAUGGACGAGAUCCCGCCGUUCCACUUCAUCGAGAUCAACGGCAUGAAGAUGACGGACCCUCAUCAGGCCUACGUCCAAAUCCUGCAGAAACUGUCGGGACAGAAAGCAACAGCCGACCACGCGGCGGCUCUGCUGGAGAAGAGAUUCAGUAACCCGGCACCCAGGAAGGAGACGACUGUGCUGCUGGUGGACGAAUUGGACCUCUUGUGGACCAGGAAGCAGAACGUGAUGUACAACUUGUUUGACUGGCCGACGCGGCGUCACGCCCGCCUGGUGGUGCUGACCAUCGCUAACACCAUGGACCUGCCGGAGAGGAUCAUGAUCAACAGAGUGGCCAGCAGACUGGGUUUGACCAGGAUGUCGUUCCAGCCGUACAGCUUCAAGCAGCUGCAGCAGAUCAUCAUGUCCAGGCUCAACAAGGUGAAGGCCUUCGAGGAGGACGCUCUCCAGCUCGCGUCCAGGAAGGUGGCUGCUCUAUCGGGCGACGCUCGUCGAUGUUUGGACAUCUGUCGCCGAGCAACAGAGAUCUGCGAGCACUCCGCCGCCGACCCUUCUGCCACCGGAUUGGUGGGAAUGAGUCAUGUGAUGGAGGCGCUGAAUGAGAUGUUUUCCUCGGCCUACAUCACUGCCAUCAAGUGUGCAUCAGUGCAGGAGCAGCUCUUCCUGAGGGCCGUCAUUGCUGAGUUUCGGCGACUGGGAUUGGAGGAGGCCACCUUCCAACAGGUGUUCGUGCAGCAUCAGGCUCUGUGUCGGGUGGAGGGUCUGCAGCCCAUCAGCGUGUCUGAGGGUCUGUCGGUGUGUCAGCGUCUGGGAGCCUGCAGGUUGCUGCUGCUGGAGCCCAGCCGCCUGGGAGUCCUGCAGCGCGUCCGCCUCAACGUCAGCCAGGACGACGUCCUCUACGCCCUGAAGGCCGACUGAAGGAGGAGACUCAGCCACGUGAUAAAUAUGAACUCAUGUCCGAAUACAAGACAUGAUGUCAUCAGUUUGAAUUAUGACGGAGGUGAAAGGAUCAGAGGUCUGAUCCUGAUCCAGGGUGAACUGCGACACAAACUGAGAUCAUUUAUAAAGUUUUCCUCAACAUCAAGCAGGAUUGAGUUUUUAACCUUACUAAUGACAUUGUAUGAGCUACUUUAACUACUUAGAUUGAGGCAAGUUGUUUUAGAAUUUUUUUUUGUUGUUGUUUGAUGGGAGAGUUUGUGAUGUCCCCAGUUUAAGUCUUAUUUAAAAUGUGACAUUUUGCUCUUUCUGGUAUUUUUUUAAUGUUAUAUAGUGCAUCUUAUUUUAACGUGUCAAUACUUGAAUAUGCAAUAAAACUCUUUAAUAUGAA